AUGUGUGAGCAGUUGAGUGAAACCGAAGAUGAAAGGCGCAUUUUUGCAUUAUUUGGGAACAAGUUAGAUAAUUUAGAGGAUCCAGAUUUUACUUUGGAUGAUUAUAUCAAUAAGGAGUUUCCUAAUGAACAAAGCUUGUCCUCAUCACCUGAGAAAAUUAAAGAGACAGCCAGUAUUCUUGAGGAAAUAGAUUCAUAUAUUGGAAAGGAAUUAAGAAAUUUAGCUUCAAGUAAUUUAGUUGUUAAAUUUGAAGAGCAUUUAAAAGUAUUUGAAAGUGAACUUGUUCCGAAGAUCCGAGAAAAGGAAAUGCAGGAUAAACUGUUUAAGAGAGAUGUUGAAUAUAUUUUGGGGAAUAUUCGUGAAUUAGAUGAAAUCCACAAGAACUUAACUUAUAGUGUGAAUUUCUUGGAAAGUCUACAAAUUUUUAAUAUUAUCAGAGCUGAUAUUGAAAGGCUUAUGGGUUCCAGGACAUAUAGUGAAUUGGUUCCAAUACUCAUUCUAAGCUAUGAUUUGUCAACUUUUUUAAAAGAUCAGCAAGAAUAUAACAAAGCUGUAAUUGAAAUUAAAGACCAAAAAAAACAAGAUAAGGUUUAUCAAGAGAUCCAAAAUAGCUUGUCAGAAAUGGAAAAACUUUUUGGCCUACUUAAGCAACAAAUUGUUGAAGAUUUCUUAGCAUUAAUAGAUCCAUAUAUAUUAUUUUUAGGAGGAAUAGACGAUCAAAACGUUCAUUCUCAAAUUACUCCUCCUCAGAACCUAGAAGCACCUGAAGAAUUUAGAAAACAAAUGAGGUCAUGCUGCUAUUGCGUGGAAUUAAUUGGAGACCAUUUCCGUACUGAAAUAGUGGACAUGUUCAUCACUAAAUUGCUCGAGCCUUAUUGUAGGUUAUUUAGUUAUAGCCAGGCUGAAAAUUUUUUUGGUACCCAAAACAAAGUGAUUGGACAAAACAAAGAAAAGGUUAUGGUAUCUGCCACUGGAGUUGAGUUUAUUGAGAGAAGGUUUGGUUGGUAUAGAAGAUGUUUGAAAGAGUACGAACAACAAUUUGGAGAUAUUUUUCUUACCAAAUGGGAACUACAAACGGAGUUGACUGAAAAGUUUUUUGCAUACACCAGAAAAGAUUUACUUCAAACUUUGGGAGAUAUUGGACAUUUAUUGGAUCACCAAGUCAUUUUUGAAUAUAGCCUAAAAUGCCAUCAGUUUGAAGAAUAUAUAACAUCACGUUUUGCUCAAUUAUACGAUCAGCAGCUACUUUUUUCAGAAUUGGAAAAGGAAAAUCUUCAAGAUAUUCUUAAUAGUAAUAUCAGUAAUCAAUUAAUCAGGGAAUUUUUUGGAAAAUUUAAAGCUGAUGCUGAAUCUUUUCCAUACUUGAAUCUUUUUAAACUCACAAACUCGGAAUCCCAUUUAAACAAACUAAAAAAGGAAAUGCUUGAGUCUAGCUUUUCAUCUCAUGAUAUGAGAGUAAAAUAUCCACAAAUUAAAGGCCUACUAACUGAGUGUUUUGUCCCAUAUUUAACAUCGUUCUUAGAGUUGGAGAAGGAAUCCAUAAUAAAGAAGGUAACUAAAGAACUAGCUCCUGAUGAUCAAAUGACAGAAAAUAUUCAAAUCAAACGUGAGACAGAUGUCCUUGGCCAUUAUGAAACUAUUCCUCUCAUCUGGAGCUCCUCUAAAAGUCUUUCUCAGCUCAUAAACACGGUAUUCCAACAAAUUGAACAUCUACUCGAUUACGACGAUAUUUAUAUACAGUUCAAUGCUCUAAUAUUACAUGCAGUACAAGCAUAUAUAGAUCAGAAAGUCAUUUCAUGCAACAUACAACGAGCACUAGACAAAAUUACAAAUAAUAACAUCUAUUCAGGAGGUUCUUCAUUUGAAAACAUUGUUGAAGCUGUGGUUACGACUGUCUCCACUCAAACCAGCAAAGUUGCCGCAUCCACAGGAGGAAUUCUUUUCACCUUAGCAUCCCAUGAUCACAUAAACUCCGAAUUAAAAUAUAAUGCUCGCAAGCUAGCUGCAACCCUCGGCUCGAUUGAUUACCUUGAAUGGAUAAAUGCAAGACUGGAGUAUAUGAUUAAAGGAAACCGGGUCAAUGAUAUUUUUGAACUUGAUAAGGUUAAUAUGGAUGCUAGCAGUCGAGAUCUAAGGCCUAGAGGCCAAAGCGUCAUGUUCAGUAAUUACAUGUGGGUCUCGAGACGAAAAAUUCUAGGUUGUGUAAUCAGGGAACUAUCACGGCCAGUAACACUGAGCAUGUCAGAAUGGUACACAAAAAAAACACAAAAACUUAACGAGACGAUGAUGGCAAAGGGCAUUUCGGAGUCUGAGUCGCCGAAUUUAGGUCAUAGCUUUAUGGGCAGCACUUCAAGUUUGGUCCAGGUUUUGGGCGAAUCCUUGGUGAGACAAUAUGUCCAAUACUCGCAGCACAUGCCGACAAUUUAUAAAUACAGCAUAAUAAGCCAGGUGAUCAUGCGAAGUUUGAGAGAUAACUGGAAAUUUUUGGUGUCUCUCAAAGGUCCACUACACUAUGGCACACUAGAGGUGGUGGCCAAUGAGCAACAGAAGCUAUCCUCUCUUUUUCUGGAACUUCCGUCCUAUUUUCCAGCAAUGUACGUUCCUAGGGCAUAUGUUGAGAAUGUGAAAAUCAUUAUGAACAAAAGUAUUGCCUUUCUUCGUAUUGCACAAAAAAAAGCUGCUCAAAUGGAUAAUUCUCAGUUUGACCAAACUUCUAUACAACAUUUUAUGACACAGCUGUACAGAAAUCUUGAAAUCGAGCCUAAAAAAGACGAGCUCUCAGCUUUUCACGUGAAUCUGGCUUUAAGACUUGGAAAUAACACUGGUCAACACCAGUAG